GAAAACAAGAGAGGUGAAAGAAUCCAUUGUAAGUAUAUAAUAAGUCUUUAUUUCAAUUUUGAAUAUAUUUUGUUAAGUUUAUGUAUUGCAACCAAAGUUUACUAACUUGAACUCUUUGUGUAGGAUAAUUGGAGAAAGCAACAAGCUAAUGGAAAAUUUGUUCCUAAUAGGCACGAUGAUAUCUUAUCUUGUGCCCUUGGGAAAAAAGAUCGUAAUGGUCAGGCAAUAGCAUUUGGCAGUGGAAUUGGCAUUAAAGCUGUAUGGGGAUCCGGAGAGAGGCGUAGUGGCCGACGGGGUAGGGAAAUCGGAGAUGCUGAGCUGGAAGAAUUAGAGGCAAGAGUAGCCCGAAGGGUACGAGAGGAGACUAUGCAGGAGAUGGAUUCUAAAAUGGAUUCCAUGGUUCAAGAGAAGUUUAUGUUAUUUGCUAAACAGAUUGGUAUUCUAAUUCCAACUGAAUUGAUGGAAAUGAAUAACAUAGGUCAGACGACUCAACUAAAUCCUAGUAGUUGCCAAUCAGUGGGUGAUGAUCCAUUUGCAAACAUACAGGUAUCCAAAACUUUGUUAUUUUAUAUUUUUUAUCUUUUUUUUUUGUAAUGAUUUAUGACUGCGACAUACUUUUAACUUUGUAACUCAAUUUUCUUUUUUUUUUUUUUUUAAAUAAUGAUUUUUUUCUAUCUUUGUAAGGAAUCGGUUCCAUGUCGGCUAUCAUUAAUGAAAAAUGACUCUGAGAAAGUUAUUUUCGCUAAAGGUACAUAUCAUCUAGAGUUAAUCCUUGAUCAUCAUAGUAACCUCCUUCUAGAUCACGUGAGGGUAAGUGUUAAUGAUUUUUUUGACGAGUUCAAAGAAUUCUUGGUUCCAGUUCCUUCUUCAGUCAUCAAGAAACUUAAGCAUGCCCACGGUACAUUUACCCAAUGGCCGAAAGACUUGGUUUCACUCAUGCAUGACAAGGAAUUCAUAUCAAAUAAGAACGAUGAUAACAACAAAGCGGCCAAAGUAAACAUGCAAGACAAAGUGAAAGUAGUUGAAAGUUGUCACGAAACAAAAGAGUCCAACACCAAUCCAAAAAAAGUUUUUCUUAUGGAUUAUGCUUUGGAAAACUUGUCUCAGAAGUGUGGGUCUUUGAAUAGUUUGUUAUCUUCAUUACCCAAAGGUGAAACUAUUAUGGUAAAGGUUGAUGCUUGGACCUUUAGUUAUGAAGAUAGUAAGGACAUCAUUAUCAGACGUGAAGAUGUCAAUCAACUUCUCACGGGAGCUUGGCUGAAUAUUUCAAUUUUGCAAGUUUUUAUGAUGGCCUUGAGUGACAUACUCGAUAUGGUGGAUGUGGCUUCCAUUGGAUUCAUGUGUCCAAAAAUGAUUUCAGAAACCUAUUUGCAUAGUGAUGCAGAUCGUAUCCUUCUAUACACGACACAUUGUCCUCAACAAUUGGGUGGACGUGAGUGUGGCUACUACGUCAUGCGUCAUAUGUACGAAAUACUUGAACAUCACCAUAGCAGUGAGGAUCUUAUUAAGGAUUUUUCAAGAACUACACCGUACACCGAGGAGAUAAAUGAGAUUCGAGAUAUUUGGGCAGAGUAUUUUAUAUGUAAUGUUGAACUUUAG